AGAAAAAAAAAAAAGUGAGGUGAGAGCGAGAUAGAGAGAGAGAGAGAGAGAGAAAGAAGGAGAAGAACCCCUACCCAAGGGAGCUACGCCGUCGCCAUCCUCAUCAAACCCUACGAAGCUUCUUUUUCCCCCCUCUCUCCAAUUCGAUCCCAUCCCUAUCGACCCUUCUUGAUCCCCUUUCGCCUCGGAUCGCUCCCAUGGCGAGCGACGACGAUCCCGCCUCGUCGAGCGAUCUCGAAGCGUCGGCAUCGGCGGCGGCGGCGGCGGCGGCGGCGGCGGAGGAGGAAGAGGAAGAGGAAGAGGAAGAGGAAGAUGCCGCGGCGGAGGAGGAGGAAUCGGAGACGGCGGAGGAGGCGGAGUACUACUUUAGCGAUAAUGACGACGCGGCGGAGGAGACGGUGCUCGACGUCCUCGCGGACGGGGGCGAGGAGGAGUGCCACUGGUCCGUGUCAUCGGUCCGUGUUAUCACCAAAGAGUCCCUUUUGGCCGCGCAGAGGGAGGAUCUGAGGAAGGUGAUGGAGUUGCUUGCUCUUCGAGAGCAGCAUGCUCGGACGCUGUUGAUCCAUUACCGGUGGGACGUGGAACGGAUUUUUGAGUUGCUGGAAGUGAAGGGGAGAGAGAGGUUGUUCUUGGAGGCCGGAGUGUCCGCUAUCGAGAAUAAAGGUCGCGUCUUGUCAAGUUCGCCAUGCCCCAUCACUUGUAAUGUAUGCUUCGAUGAGGUUCCUCCUAGUAGGGUCAGUGAGAUGGACUGUGGCCAUUGCUUUUGCAAUGAAUGUUGGACUGAACAUUUCAUCAUCAAGAUAAACGAUGGGCAAAGCCGUAGAAUUACAUGCAUGGCACCUAAGUGUAAUGCUGUUUGUGAUGAGGCAAUUGUUAGGUACUUGGUCAGUGCAAGGCAUCCAGAGAUUGCCGAUCGUUUUGACAGGUUUCUACUGGAAUCUUAUAUUGAAGACAAUAAUAAGGUUAAAUGGUGUCCAAGCGUGCCACAUUGUGGGAAUGCAAUACGUGUGAAAGGCGAUAUUUGUUGUGAGGUGGCAUGUGCCUGCGGAAUUCAGUUUUGUUUCAGCUGCUUAUCAGAAGCACAUUCACCUUGUUCGUGCUUGAUGUGGGAACUCUGGAUCAAGAAAUGUCAGGAUGAAUCGGAGACUGUCAAUUGGAUCACAGUAAACACCAAGCACUGCCCCAAGUGUCACAAGCCUGUUGAGAAGAAUGGUGGCUGCAACUUAGUCGCAUGUCUUUGUGGACAAGCAUUCUGUUGGUUAUGUGGUGGUGCCACAGGACGAGACCAUACAUGGUCAAGUAUUUCUGGCCACAGCUGUGGGCGAUUCAAAGAGGACCAAGAAAAGCGAACCGAGCAAGCACGGCGGAACCUUUACCGCUACAUGCACUAUCACAAUCGAUACAAAGCGCACAUAGAUUCUCUUAAACAGGAAACUAAUCUCAAGGAAACCAUCCAGGGAAAGAUAUCCAUUUCCGAGAACAAGGAAUCUAAAAUCAAAGAUUACUCUUGGGUCACGAAUGGGCUGAAUAGGCUAUUCUGGUCGAGACGGGUCCUUGCAUAUUCCUAUCCAUUUGCUUUUUAUAUGUUUGGAGAUGAGCUAUUCAAGGACGAGAUGACACCUCAGGAGAGGGAAAUGAAGCAAAACCUUUUUGAGGAUCAGCAACAGCAGUUGGAAGCCAAUGUCGAGAGGCUAUCUAGUUAUUUAGAGAAAGAUUUUCAAGAUUUUUCUGACGAUCUGGUGAUGGACACAAUGAGUCGUGUUAUUAAUCUAUCCAAUGUUGUUGAUAGGCUCUGUAAGCAGAUGUAUCAAUGCAUAGAGAAUGAUUUGCUGUAUCCUCUUCGCACGACUCAUAAUAUAGCUCCAUACAAAUCAAAGGGGCUCGAAAAGCCGUCAGAAGUCUCCAUUUGUUGGGAUUCGUGUCAAAGCUCAAGGAGUACGAGAACCUGCCAAGAAGACAGAUGCCCUACAUCAGAAUCGACUGCAAACGGAGUCGCUGAAAAAACUGUGCUGGGGAAGCGUUCUGAGGCUCAGCUGCAGGGAUCAUCGAGUUCGAAUAAUGGCGGAUAUUCAUCAUCUUCAUCAUCCUCAUCUCGCAAACGAGACAAGAUAGAUGCCCGCACAGGCCCCACCUUCGACCUCAACAUGCCGCCUUAACAAGGCGGUGGAUCCGCAUCACAUUGAACAUCAGAAUCACUUGGCAAUUGUACAGCUUUGACUUGAGCAGCUGCCGCAGCUACCGAGGAAUCAAUUAAACCUCCAUUUAAAACCUCUGCUACCUUUUUCAGUUUUUUCUUUUUCCUUUUUCCUUUUUUUUCUUUAAAGCCUGGUCAAAUACCAGGAAUAGGAAAUAUAAGAGUAUUUUAUUUCUUUCUUUUUUGUAUAUGAGAAACCUCCAGCGAAUGUUCAUAGGGUUCUGUAAAGCCUAUUCAGUAAAUUUUCGGCGGUGUGAAUCUUCUGGGGUUUCUGGAGGAUUUUAUCUGGAAAUUUUUGGGCGCCAUGAAUGAAUCUGACGAUAUGGCAAGGCGAUAUUUGUUUACCGGACGACUCGGAGCUAACAGUAUGAUAAUUAUGCUAAUAAAAACACUACUACUACACUGUCGAAUUGUA